AUGGUUUCCACAAAACUUGCGGUCUUCAUGGCUAUCGGUUCUGCGAUCAGCAUGGUCGCAGCAGCACCCAUCUGGAACGUAGGCGAAAAUGGAUCUCGUCUGCUCAACCAAGACGUCUGUAAUACCCCCGAAUGUAUCGCCACUGCAGAAAGCUUCCUCGGUUACAUGAACCCCAAUGCUGACCCAUGCGAUGACUUUACCGAGUUCACUUGCGGAGCAUUCUACGAGAAGACAGUUGUUGAUGUCAACACGACAUCGGUCAACUUUCAAACGAUCAUGUCUAGUCGAAACAACAUUAUCAUCCGUGAGAUCGCUGACGCGGCGCUGGGAAAGGCGCCUAAACCUGCACCAGGCGACAAGGCAGCGGAGAGCAACCUCAAGAAGCUGCACGAUAUGUACGCCAGCUGUAUGAAUGUCGAUGCGAUUCAAACUGCAGGUCAGCAGCCCUUGACCAAACAAGUCCAGUCGGUUCUCAGUCUCAUCCCGGAUACGCCCGCCAUCGACAAAGCUGCUCUUGCCAAGACCAUGGCGCAGUUGAUCAAACUGGAAGUGCUCAUCUUUUACAAUAUCGGCGUCGGACAACAGCUUUAUAACCCCCGCUACAGCAGUAUUCUAGGCAUGCAAGGAGGAUUGACACUCCCUAUCACUAGUUACAACCAGAGCCUCACAGACGCGGCAGAUCUUGUACCCGACAUUGCACAGCAGUUCCAGAAGGUCCUUGGAGUAACAGUUCCUUCUGCCACCAAUGGUACUACACCCGAGAUUGAGCCCGCGGUCGAUCAGGAGUGGACUACUGCUGCCCAAGAUGUCAUUGCCUUCGAGACUUUGCUUGCCGAUGCGACAGCUAAGACCACGCGCCCAAACCUGGAUCCAGAGUUGCCCAUGUUUAACAACCCCAUAACGGUCGAAGAACUCUCCAACGCUACCCCAUCGAUUGACUGGCCACUGCUUCUGUCCGAGCUCCUUCCAGUUGACGUCAAGUAUGGUCGCCCGCUCAGUGUCCAAUCGCCCGAGUUCUUGCCGGCCCUCGAGACUCUCCUUAGCUCGACCUCGGUCAAGACCCUCCGAAAUUACUUUGCCUGGCGCAUCAUUUCCGCCCAGAAAGAACGUCUAAACACGGCCGCAAUUCCUGGACAAGAACGGUGGGAGGUGUGUAACGAAGCCGUCACUAAGACCCUUCCCGACAUUGUGGGCCACUACUUUGUUGAACGUACUCUCCUAGAGUCCGACCAGACCAUCUUCAGAACCAUGCUUCAGAGUAUCAUCUCCGCCUACGGAGAAGGGUUCCCAACCCUUAGUUGGAUCGAUCAGAUCACUUUGGACGGCGCCCUCAAGAAACUCCACGCCAUGGGCCUCGUUGUUGGACAGUCUGCAGAAUCCCCCAACGGCGCCUCGUCCGAGUCUGUCGAGGAGUACUACAGCGGAUACGAUGUCGACGCCUCAGACUACUUUAGCAACUGGAACAAAAAGUCGGUCUGGGCGGCCGAGAAGUCAUUUGCGACCGUGAACGAGCCUUAUGUGCAGAAGAAGAUCCCUCAGAUGGCUCCAACUGACGUGAAUGCCGUAUAUAUGUUUACCACGAACCAUAUCUAUGCAUUUGCUGGCAUUAUGCAGUCGCCAAUGUUCCAUGCUUCUAACCCAGAGUAUGUCAACUUUGCUGGGUUGGGAGGUAUUGCCGGACACGAGAUCGGAGUAAGUACCUUUAUUGCAGCUGUCUUUCUUUGUUCUUGA